AUGUGGGAAGUCUCAGCGGAGAAAAACAGAAAAGCGAACGACACCGAGAGCGACAGACCUGUUCCUGACGCUGGCAAGCGGGCCCAUGCUCCAUGCGUCCUUUUUAUUGGUUUUGACGCAAGAGAUGAUGAGGCAAUUCAGGUAGUGAAAGAUGCUAUAGAUUUGGGAUACCGUCAUAUAGACACAGCAGCCGUUUAUGAGAAUGAGAAGGCUGUGGGCUCUGCAAUUCAAGCAAAAAUUCAAGAAGGCAUAAUUAAACGUGAAGAUCUCUUUGUAACAAGCAAGUUAUGGUGUACAAACACCAAAAAGGAUUUGGUGGUUCCUGCUUUGAAACAGUCACUUUCCAAUCUUCAGUUGGAGUAUCUAGAUCUGUAUCUCAUCCAUUGGCCCUUUUCCUUAAAGGAUGGGGCUGGAUUUGUUCCAGUAGAUUCAGAAGGAAAGGUGCAGGUGGCAGACAUAGAUUAUGUUGAUACUUGGAAGGAAAUGGAGAAAUGUGCUGAAUUAGGCCUUGCUAAGAGUAUUGGGGUAUCAAAUUUUACUAUCCCACAGUUAACUCGUGUUCUUGAGAAUGCUAAAAUAGUUCCUGCCACAAAUCAGGUAGAGUGUCAUCCUUUCCUAAAUCAGAAACCCCUCAUAGGAUUUUGUAAGGAAAAAGGAAUUCUUGUCACAGCAUACAGUCCUCUAGCAAACCCUGGUAAGCAGGUUGCUGCAGGAAAACCAAAACUUCUUGAUCACUCAGUUCUGAAAGAAACUGCGGCAAAAUAUAAUAAAACUACUGCCCAAAUUUGUCUGCGAUAUUUAAUUCAGAUAGGAGUAAAUCCCAUUCCAAAAUCUGCCAAUAAAAAUCGACUUGCUGAAAACAUCAAUGUUUUUGACUUCACCCUGAAUGAUGAGGAUAUGAGAUUGUUGGAUGAUCUUAACAACAACACACGGACCUGUCCUUUCGAGAUGGCAGUGGCUGCACCACAUUAUCCAUUUGCAGAUGAAGUUUGAUGAGAAACAUCUUUAGAGAGGUACAUGAAUCUCUAAAUUUGUGGAGGAAUGAUCUUGAAGCUCAAUAAUAUAUUUUUAAAAUUGUAUCUUCGUUAAUCUUUUGAAAGUGUAAGCUUUUCUUAAUGAUGUUAAUAAAAACCUGAAAUUUAAAUGUGUUAAAAAUGCAUCCCUUUACUAAGAAAUUUAGGUUUUUGAUGCUUUAUAAAAGUCUGCAAUAAAUGUGUAUAAAAUUGGUUAUGGUAUUGGUACCGUUAAUAAUACAAUAUAUUUCUAUCCAAUUUACCUAGGCUGUUUAUUAACGAUAUACAAAUCUUGGUGCUAGAAAAUAAGACUAAAGGAUAGAGGAAUAAUUUGAUAAAAGAUACUUUUUAGAACCUGAUCUUAAAGAUUUUAAAAACCAUACUUCAUAGUAUGCUCAUCAAAGAAAUAAAUUACCUUAAUUCUGAAAAGUGCUUAGGAGAAACAAUUUAGGCUACAUAAAUUCACAAAAGGAUCUAUAUUGUACUUCAAUUCCAAAUCGGAUACUAAAUAGAAUUUCAUGAAAUGGACGUUUGUUUUGAACAAUUUACUCAUUACUCAAGAUAUAAAUAUCACUUUCUGAACAUUCUGUUUUUGAAAAAGAAAAGAUGCAUUCAAUAAAAAAGUGUUAAAAUGCAUUCAGUAAUUGUGAAAAUUACAAUUGUAUUAAUACAUAUUAACAUAUUACAAAGAGAUUUAAAAAAUUCUAGUGGUGCUUCAGAAUGGCACAAACUUUCUCAUACUACAUACUUUUCUAAUCGCUUCCUUAUGCUAGC